CUCGGGGACCGGACCGGGACGCCCAGGAGCCUGGCCAGGCGGGAGCGGGGUUUGCGGCUACCGGAACUUUCUCUCAGCCCGGAACCCUCCCCAGCCAUGAGCUACCAGCCACAGCCCAUCUUCCCGCCGCAGAGAGACCUGGGUGACAGAGAGGCUCUGGUCUCCGAAAAUGAGCAGAAAGGGAGGUCGUGCCAGUCUGCAGCGGUUUUCAAUGUGGUCAAUUCAAUUAUAGGCUCCGGUAUCAUAGGAUUGCCUUAUUCCAUGAAGCAAGCUGGGUUUCCUUUAGGAAUAUUGCUUUUAUUCUGGGUCUCAUAUAUUACAGACUUUUCCCUUGUUUUACUGAUAAAAGGAGGGAUGCUCUCUGGAACAGACACCUAUCAAUCUUUGGUUAAUAAGACCUUCGGCUUUCCAGGGUACCUGCUGCUCUCGGUCCUACAAUUUUUGUACCCUUUCAUAGCUAUGAUAAGUUACAACACAAUAGCUGGAGAUACUCUGAGCAAAGUUUUUCAAAGAAUCCCUGGAGUUGACCCUGCAAGCUGGCUUAUUGGCCGACACUUCAUUAUUGUAAUUUCUACAAUCAGUUUCACUCUGCCUUUGUCAUUGUACCGAGAUAUAGCAAAACUUGGAAAGAUUUCUUUUAUUUCGACAAUUCUAACAACUCUAAUUCUCGGAAUUGUGAUAACAAGGGUAUUUUCACUGGGUCCUCACAUACCCAAAACAGAAGAUGCCUGGAUAUUUGCAAAGCCCAAUGCCAUUCAGGCUAUUGGGGUUAUGUCUUUUGCAUUCAUUUGCCACCAUAACUGCUUCUUAGUGUAUGGUUCUUUGGAGGAACCCACAGUACCUAAGUGGUCCCGCAUCAUCCACGUGUCCAUCUUGGUCUCUUUGUGUAUCUCUGUGCUCUUUGCUACAUGUGGGUACUUGACUUUUACCGGCUUCACCCAAGGAGACUUAUUUGAAAACUACUGCCGAAGUGAUGACCUGGUGACUUUUGGAAGGUUUUGUUAUGGCAUCACUGUCAUUCUGACAUACCCAAUUGAAUGCUUUGUGACAAGAGAGGUAAUUGCCAAUGUGUUUUUUGGUGGGGAUCUUGCCCCAGUGCUCCACAGAGUGCUGACCGUGCUCAUCGUCACUGCGGCCACGCUGGUGUCGCUGCUCAUCGACUGCCUUGGCAUUGUGCUAGAGCUCAAUGGUGUUCUCUGUGCAGCUCCUCUGAUUUUCAUCAUUCCCUCAGCCUGUUAUCUGAAGUUAUCUGAAGAACCAAGGACACAUUCAGAUAAGAUAAUGUCUUGUGUCAUGCUUCCCGUUGGAGCUGUGGUGAUGAUCUUCGGAUUCAUCAUGACUGUCACAAAUCCUCAGGACUGCUCUCAUGGGCUUGAAAUGUUCUACUGCUUUCCUGACAAUGUCUCCUUGACAAACAUCUCAAAUUCUCACUUACAAGUGACAACGCAGCUUUCUACCUUAAACAUCAGUGUCUUGCAAUGACUUGACUGCUUUAAAAAUGUAUGCAUGUUUUCACUGGUAUCUACACCACCUAAUAAUAUUCCCAUAUUUUAAUCU